GAUGGCGACUCAAAGAUGUCGUGCGGCAUACGUUGUGGAAAGCCUAGAUAGAAGCUGCCAUGUCGUGGACUAUUUUUACAAUCGGUAGAGCAGUAGAUUAUUAUGUUUCUGUAAUUCUCAAGAGUAGUGGAUGGAGGUGGUGGACACAGCACAUGCAGCCUCCUUGUGCGGCCGCGCCGCGCCGGUGGUUUCGGCGAAUCAAACUCCAACUUCUCCUCCCAAUCCCAAGUCCCAAGAAGCCAGCCCGAAGCGCUGAUGCAUCGGCGAAGCUGCGCGUGCCCAUCCCGGCUGCGUCGUCUUGCUUGUUUGCUUGCUAUAAAAAAGAAAGAGGCAUCAGAGCAAGCUGCUGCAGCGGCCUUCAUCAGUUCGUUCUGCGCGGGAACCGCCGAUGGGGGACGCCGUGGAGGACAUCGUCAUCGCCGGCGCGGGCCUCGCCGGCCUCGCGACGGCGCUCGGGCUACACAGGAAAGGGGUGAGGUGCCUGGUGCUGGAGUCGUCGCCGGCGCUGCGCGCGUCGGGGUUCGCGUUCACCACGUGGACCAACGCCUUCCGCGCCCUGGAUGCCCUCGGCGUCGGGGACAAGAUCCGGGAGCACCAUUUGCUCUACGAGCGCUACUGGUGAAGCAGCUGCAGAAGUGAGCCUAAAGAUUCAGAGCAAAAGCGGGCCACACGAGAUCCGGUGCGUGAAGCGGGACUUCCUGCUGCGGACGCUGGCCGACGAGCUGCCGGAGGGCACCAUCAGGUACUCGGCCAAGGUUGUCGCCAUGGAGGAAGACGGCGUCGGCGGCGCCAAGACCCUGCAGCUGCACCUGGCAGACGGUUCCACCAUAAAGGCCAAGGUCGUGAUCGGGUGCGACGGCGUGAACUCCGUGGUGGCCCAGUGGCUGGGCCUGCCGAAGCCGAUCCUGUCGGGGCGCUCGGCCACCAGGGGCCUCGCCGAGUACCCGGGCGGCCACGGCUUCGGCCCCGAGAUCCUGCAGUUCAUCGGCCACGGCUUCCGCUCCGGCGUGCUGCCCUGCUCCGACACCUCCGUCUACUGGAACUACACCUGGUACCCGUCCCCCGCGGACGGCGACGCCGAGGAGAGCGUGGCCAAGAUGCGGAGCCACGUGGUCGCCAAGCUGCGGGGCGCCAAGGUCCCGGCCGAGGCGCUGGAGGUGGUGGAGCGGAGCGAGAUGAGCGACGUGGCGUCGUCGCCGCUGCGGUUCCGGUCCCCGCUGGCGCUGGUCCGCGGCAGCAUCAGCCGCGGCGGCGUGUGCGUGGCGGGCGACGCGCUGCACCCCAUGACGCCGGAGCUCGGGCAGGGCGGGUGCGCGGCGCUCGAGGACGGCGUCGUCCUGGCCCGGUGCCUGGGCAAGGCCUUCGCCCUGCUCGGCCAGGAGCGGGAUGAGGGGCGGGUCGUCACGGCGGCGCUGGAGGAGUACGCGGCGGCGAGGCGGUGGCGCAGCAUCCAGCUCAUCACCGCCGCCUACGUCGUCGGCUUCAUCCAGCAGAGCAACAACGCCGUGGUCAGGUUCGUCAGGGACAGGUUCUUGUCUCGGCUGCUGUCCAAGACGCUGGUCGCCAUGGCGGACUACGACUGUGGGGCGCUAUGAUCUGCCGCCCCUGGACUGGUCUGCAAGCAAUCUACGCAGCACACUCGUUCUAGAAAAACUAACGUAAUAAAUCGCUGGUGUCAAGUCAACGGUUGACCUGUGACCGAAUGAAAGGAGUUUUUCAUCACGCCCGAUUUAUCCGCUGCUAGCCGCAGCCCGAUGGCCAGCGAAGAUGCCUCGAACUCGAAGAAAACCACCGUCUCAACCAUUCUGGUCCACUAGCCAUCAGCUAUGGCGGCUCUAAGGGCAUGCCGUUUCGAAUUUUAAAAUACAAGAAACAGUUUGUGUCU